GCCUGAGUGUUUAACCCUUUCUAACGAUCUGAACUGAACAUGUGUGUGUGUUUAUCUUUUCUGAAUGAAACCUUAACAGCAUGUUUGUUAACCAAAGGCUGAGAGAAUUAAAACUUUUCGUUCAAUAUUUUUUUUCCAUUUCUCUGAAUCAUAUUUAUAUUCACUUCAGAUCAUUAGAAAGGGUUAAACUCUCUGAAGACGCUCGCCUUCUUGGAAUGAAGUUAAACUGAAAACUCCAUCAGCUCAUCAGGCUCACAGGACACAGGGCUCAGGUUAGUUUGAGGCUGCAGCUGUACGAUUCAGGUCUCAGGUCAAGGUCUGAAGCUUCAGUGUUGUCCUUCACUGUGAGUAGCUGAAGAUCAGGAGGUGACCCUGAACUCUCAGACGUUCACAGCCUCUGAGGAGAGAAAAUGUCUCUGCGAGGAGUUCAGCUGGACCGAGAGAGGUUUAGCUGUUCAAUCUGUCAGGAUCUACUGAGGGAUCCGGUGACUAUUCCGUGUGGACACAGCUACUGCAUGGACUGUAUUAAAAAACACUGGGAUGAAGAGGAUCACAGGAGAAUCCACAGCUGUCCUCAGUGCAGAAAGAGCUUCGUACCGAGGCCUGUCCUGGUGAAAAACACCAUGUUAGCAGAUUUAGUGGAGGAGCUGGAGGCAACUGGACUUAAAGAUUCUCCUCAUCAUCACUGCUCUGCAGGACCUGGAGAUGUGGCCUGUGAUUUCUGUACUGGGAGGAAGCUGAAAGCCACCAAGUCCUGUCUGCAGUGCAUGGCCUCUUACUGUGAGCUCCACCUCCAGCCUCACUAUGACUCCCUGAAUUUUCAAAAACACAAGCUGGUUGAAGCCUCGGCGAAGCUCCAGGAGAACAUCUGCUCUCGUCACAAUAAAGUGAUGGAGAUCUUCUGUCGCACUGAUCAGCAGUGUAUCUGUUACCUCUGCUCUUUGGAUGCACAUAAAGGCCACAACACAGUCUCAGCUGAAGCAGAGAGGACUCAACGACAGAGAGAGCUUGGACAGAGUCGACAGAAGAUCCAGCAGAAGAUCCAGGACAGAGAGAAAGACGUGAAGGUGCUUCAGCAGGAGGUGGAGGCCAUCAGUCGCUCAGCUGAUGAAGCAAUGAGGGACAGUGAAACCACCUUCAACCAGCUGCUCCAACUCAUCCAGAAAAGAAGCUGUGAUGUGAAGCAGCAGAUCAGAUCCCAGCAGGAAACUGAAGUGAGUCGGGCCAGAGAGCUUCAGGAGAAGCUGGAGCAGGAGAUCACAGAGCUGAGGAGGAGAGACACCGAGCUGGAGCGGCUCUCACUCACAGAGGACCACAGCCAGUUCCUACAGAGCUACCCCUCACUGUCAGGACUCUGUGGAUCUACAGACUCACCUGCCAUCGAUGCCCGUCCUCUGAGGUACUUUGAGGAAGUGACAGCAGCUGUGUCAGAGCUCAGAGAUAAACUACAGGACAUCCUCAAUCAGGAAUGGACCAAAGUCUCUCAGACAGUGACUGAAGUGGAUGUUUUACUGCCACCAGCAGAGCCAAAGACCAGAGCUGAGUUCCUACAGUUCUCAUGUCAGAUCACACUGGAUCCAAACACUGUGAACAAGUGGCUGUUAUUAUCUGAGGGGAACAGGAAGGUGACCCGCAUGGAUAAAAAACGGUCGUAUCCUCGUCACCCAGACAGAUUCACUGAUGGUCUUCAGGUCCUGAGCAGACAGACUCUGACUGGACGGUGUUACUGGGAGGUGAAGUGGACUGGGACUGUUUCAGUAGCAGUCACAUACAAGAGCAUCAGCAGAACAGGAAGUGAGAGUGUGUUUGGAUUUAGUGACAAGUCCUGGGCAUUGUGGUGUCCCAGUAAUGAGUUCAGACACAACAGUAUCAGAACCUCCCUGUCAGGCCCUCGGUCCUCCAGAGUAGGACUGUACCUGGAUCACAGGGCAGGUAUUCUGUCCUUCUACAGCGUCUCUGAAACCAUGACCCUCCUCCGCAGAGUCCAGACCACGUUCUCUCAGUCCUUACAUGCUGGACUCUGGGUUUGUUCAGGAUCUGCUGAGCUGUGUCAGCUGCAGUAGAUCUGACCUGUUUCUGCACUUCCUAUCAGACGGUUUGUGGGUGGGGGUGUGUUGACAUCACUUCCUGUUUACAUCCUGAAAGUGAGCAACAGAAGUGGACAGAGGCCGAAUCACUGUUGGAUCAGUUCAUAAGAACAUUGGAUGUUUAUCCAGAUGAAAAUACAACCUGUCGUUGCUCUGUAAAGUUGUCGUUGCUCUGUAUAGUUGUCGUUUGGCUGCUGUAAAGUUUUCUUCUCUUUCUGUUCCUCUGUCUCAGCCUGAAUGAAUCCAACAGAAGUUUGUUUCUUUGUCACAGCUGAAGAGUUGUAAAGUGUUUGUGUGGUUUCCUUCUCUUUGUGAACCUGUUGUAGAUGAUGAAAUGCUGAGCUGGUGUGUUACUGACUGAUAUCACUGUAUUUUGACAUGUGAUCAGAUUGUUGUUGAUGUGUGUUUGAUUAAAAAUGAAUCAGUC